UCCGGUGCUUGUGUUUGGUGCGGCUCGGUUCGGUUCGGUUUGGCUCGGCCCAGAACAGCCCAACGGCAGCGGCACCAGCUGUAGAGAGAACCCGCAGGGAGGAACCAUGGCGGCGCCAGCGCUCUCCGGUCGGCCCGGCUCGGCGGGCAGCCUCGGGAACAGCCCCACAUCCUCGGCCGCGGGAAGGCUGCCCCAGGGCGGCUCCGGGCCCGAGCUGGACUUCAGGUCCGCGGCCCGCAUGGAGGACCUGAACCGGCUCAUCCAGGAGUUCAGCAAGCACGACCAGCGGGAGUACGACGACCAGCGGGCUCUGGAGAUCCACACGGCCAAGGACUUCAUCUUCUCCAUGCUGGGAAUGGUUCAGAAACUGGACCAGAAGCUCCCAGUGGCCAAUGAGUACCUACUCCUUUCUGGAGGCGUUCGGGAAGGUGUGGUGGACAUGGACCUGGAUGAGCUCAGUGUCUACGCCCGUGGCACAGACUACGACAUGGACUUCACUCUACUGGUCCCCGCACUUAAACUCCACGACCGGAACCAGCCGGUGACCCUGGACAUGCGGCACUCGGCGCUGGGCCACUCCUGGCUCAGCCUACGGCUCUUUGAUGAAGGAACCAUCAACAAGUGGAAGGACUGCUGCACUGUCGUCGAUCACAUCAAUGGGACCACCAACUACUUCUUCUCCCCAACACUGGUGGCCGACUGGUUCUACCAGUCCAUCUCUCUUGUGCUGCUGGAGGUGCAGAAGAAGCCACAGAGAGGGAUGCCGAGGGUGGAGAAGGUGGAUCGGAACGGGACCAUCAUCUCCGUCAUCCUGGGGGUCGGCAGCAGCCGGAUGCUCUACGACAUCGUCCCGGUGGUGUCGUUUAAAGGCUGGCCUGCGGUUGCCCAGAGCUGGCUGAUGGAGAACCACUUCUGGGACGGGAAGAUCACCGAGGAGGAGGUGAUCAGCGGCUUCUACCUCGUCCCCGCCUGCUCCUACAAAGGCCGCAAGGAGAACGAGUGGCGGCUGUCGUUCGCCCGCAGCGAGGUUCAGCUGAAGAAGUGCAUUUCGUCGAGCCUGAUGCAGGCGUACCAGGCCUGCAAGGCCAUCAUCAUCAAGCUGUUGUCCCGGCCCAAAGCCAUCAGUCCCUACCAUCUGCGCAGCAUCAUGCUGUGGGCCUGCGACCGUCUCCCAGCCAACUAUCUGGCUCAGGACGACUUCUCCGCCCACUUCCUGCUGGGCCUGAUUGACGACUUGCAGCACUGUCUCGUCAACAAGAUGUGUCCCAACUACUUCAUCCCUCAGUGCAACAUGUUGGAGCACCUGUCCGACGAGACGGCCAUGCUGCACGCCCGCAAACUGUCCUCGGUGCGCUCCGACCCGGCCGAGCACCUCCGCACCACCAUCGAGCACGCCAAGGCCGCCAACAGGUUGACGGUGGAAGUGCAGUGGCGAGGCAGCUCCACCAACCUGCCGUCGCCGCAGUCCGACGCCGGCGGUGAGAACCAGCCUGACGAUCGGCUCGCCAAGAAGCUUCAGCAGUUGGUGACGGAGAAUCCCGGGAAGUCCAUCUCAGUGUUCAUCAACCCGGACGACGUCACGCGGCCGCACUUCCGCAUCGACGACAAGUUCUUCUGAGACUGAGACGUUCCCCUCCCCUCUCCUUCACCCGGUGACCCUGCCUCUGAAACUUUCUUUUUUAACUUUUUUUAUGUUUCCUGCCACAAAGUGAAGUGAUUGUCUAGUAAUCUGCCACAGUUUCUUAUUUUUAGUUUUAUUUUUCUACUCCCUUCCCCUCUGCCCUGGUUUUUCACUGUGUGCCCUGUGUUUUUUACCUUCUCAAUGCCUUUUAAACUGACAGCUUGUUCUUAAAACUGAAGGAAGGGACUGAAAUCCACCUCCUGAUCCGAGUGCUGGUCCUGAAAAAUGUUGAUACUUAUCAGGGAUCCUGGAAAAGAGACAAACAUCAAUUUCCUGAAUAAAUCCGGUGUAUUUUGGGUUCUCUUGAUUGGAGACGUAAAAGCUCCGUUGUUGAGUGAAUAACUGGGGCAGAAGUUGUUGUGUUGUCUUGGAACCAGGAGUGGACCCGGCAGAGAUCCUGUGACGGUGGAUUCAGUCCCUCUGAGGAAUGUCUUGUCCCUGCUGGGGGACGACGGUACUAAAGUCUUAGAAACUAACUGUAAAUAAGUAGAAGAAAAACUGACUGAAGAGUGUAGACGGACGGAAAACAUACUAAUGUUAAUUUGUGGGCUACUUUUCGUCUAAUUUUGCACAGAAUGUAAAAAUCACCUCCUUUCCUCCUGAUUGUGGUUUUAAAUUGAACUGAAUGUGAGCGGAGAGGCGACACUGUGCCGAUGGAGCUGCUGUCACUUCCACCGCGUUUCCUCUGAAAAUCUGGUUCAUGUUGCGUUUCUUUGUGUUGUGGAGAACAAACAGCAGGAACCUUCAGACAGACGCUGGCCUCUUCCACUUUCAUAUGCUUUAAACUUGCAGAAGGGGGAGCUAGUGAGCCUAGUGCUGCAGUAGUGAAGUGUUGGCCUGCAGCCGCCUGGUUAGGACGUGCUAGGCGGCUAACGUUGUAGCAGGUGUGGCAUUUAAACGGCAGCUCUUCUUCAAUGCAACAUCACCAGUUUAUUCAACUCCCAUAAGACGGAGAACGUGAAGUAACUCCGAAGCUACACAAGAACAGCGUUUACACCAAUUAUCAAAACCACCUGGAUGCUAACUGUUGAACUCCAGCUCAUAUAGCAGCGCCAUCUGGUGACCAAACACAUAAAACGCAUAUUUGACUCCUACAGAGAGAUAUCUUUGACCCAAAGCUCUCAACCUCGGUGUAAAACUGACACUAAGGUACCUGAAGUUCUGGGACAUUUACGCGACCAACAACCACUAGCUGCCGCUAACGAUUCCUCAUCGGCCACCGACACAAGAAUGCUCCUCCCGUGACACCGCCGUGAUUUCUGUUUCCCGUUACGCUCAGCGUACGCUCAGUCGCUGCUGUGAAUCUUUAGAAAUGUAUCGGGGUCACUCUCAUGACUUCUGCAUUUUCAGCUGGACUCCUUCAGUUAGUGGCUGCAGUACCGAAUGGACCAAAACCGUCCAGUUAGGUGAGUCGGUACCAGCAGACGCCUCAGUAGGGACACCUGGUGGUUGGUCAGGUAAAUGAAGUUCACUCUGCUGUUGUCACAAUUAACUUGUCAAUUAAAAAAUGCAAGAAUAUUACAGAGGGGAAAUGCCUGGAGAGUCAAAACCAGACCGGUUUCCAUGGCGACUCCCUGCAUUUCAGUGACAGUUCGUUAACAAGUGAAGCUUUAAACAGGAGCUAAAUCUAAAACUCUGUUUUGUUGAACGUUGAGUGUCAGAAGCUCCUGGUGGAGAUCUGACACGUUAAACUCUGAGCUGAAGCUGAGUGGACAGGAAACCCGACUUCCUGUGACCCGUUUAAACUGAACCAUGGUUCUGCUGGGAAGAAUGACUGACAUGGAGAUCCAAACAGCUUUCACAAAAAUUCCCUCAUGGUCUUAACAUUUUUACUAAACUUUGUGAACAGAUCAGCGAAUCGUCUGCAAACAUUUUUACAUUCAUAGCAGCUGAAACAUUUUGAUGCUUUUUUAUCCUCGAUAUCAGAUCAAUGUCACAAAUACUUCACCUCUAAUAUAUCAGAGUGACCUUUGACCCUGGAGUUACAUCUUAUCAGCACAUGUGACUCUGCUCUCGUCUUCUAGAUGUUUUUCCAGAACCGGUGACACAGUUUGAUAUCAGUUCUGCUCUUAGUAAGAUCAUGUGUUUAAGCAAUAACUUCUGUAGGUUAAGCAGAACAGAACCGGUUUAAUUCGGGUUUAGGAGUUUCUGGAGGAGUUUUCCUGGGUUUGGUUCCGGUUAGUGUGAAAGUGGAAGAGUCGGUCGGCUCAUCUGUCAGGUGGACCUGCCGGAUGACGGUCCUGCAUCGGCUACAGGGUCGCAGGUCGCCGCCUCCACAUGGAUGGUCACUUGAUUCAGGAACUUCCUGUUUGAUAAGCUAACUCUUGUCUCCAGCUGCUUCUUUGUGUUUAAAGCGACGGGUCGGGUCCGGCUGCUUCUCGGCCGACCCGCUCCCACACCGGCUGUCUGUCCCGAACAUCACCACCAAAACAAGAAGCUUCUCCUGCGGCCGUCGGGCCAGUUAUGUCGUCUCCACAUAUCCUCAUCCUCAAGUGCAAUUAGUGAAUGUACACAAAGACACGUAGCAUGAAGACACUCCAGGACACUCCAGGUCUGAGCUGCUCAGCUCCUCCACUGACUCACUCAGAGGCCCUGAAGCCAUCAAAGUGCCACACACACACACACACACACACACACUCCUGCUCGGUGGAAAUGUCGUCGGUGUUUUCUGACCUGGUCUCCUGUUGGGCUGUGACUCUUUCUGUUCUGUGUUUCGCUGCUUCCUGCUGAUGAUGGAUUUUAGUUUUGAACUCAGAUGGUUGAGAACUUCCUGCACUGUAACACCAGAGUCCUCAUAAACACGUCUAACCUGAA